UUCCUAGAGAGGGAUAAAGUUCAAAUGGGUGAAGAUAAGAACAUUGAUCAUUUGGUUUUUGUUGUUCAUGGCAUUGGACCUUUUGCUGACAUUAGACUCGACUCAUUUAGGAGCCUCAUUGAUUGUGUUGAUGACUUCAGAGAGGUGUCAUUAUUAUUGCUGAGGUCUCACGAUGUCUCUGGUAGGGGGGCGGGGGGACAAGGGAGGGUGGAGUUCCUGCCUGUACAAUGGCACUCGGCUCUACAUGGGGAUGACACUGGAGUUGACAAACAAGUAAAGUCCAUUUCUUUGCCAAGUAUCAGUAAAUUAAGGGAUUUCACCAACUCAACUUUGAUUGAUAUUUUAUUCUAUACCAGCCCACUUUACCUGCAGACUAUUAUUGAUCAAGUGUCCUCAGAGAUGAAUAGAAUGUAUGCUUUAUUUAAGGAGAGGAAUCCAUCAUUCACUGGUUCUGUAGGAGUGAUGGGACACUCACUGGGGUCUUGUAUCCUCUUUGACUUACUCUAUCAUCAAAAAGUUGAUGGAGGCGUGUCAAUGGGUGUGGUCAAAGACCCAGUUCCACAGUCACUACCAGUAACUGAAAGUACUGACUCGUUAGAGAAACAAGAAGAGAAGGAGAAAGAGGAGGGAGAGGAUGCUCCUGCUGUGUCAGACAUUUUGAAUCAGUUGGGACUCCCUCAGCUUAUUGAGAAAUUUGAAAGUGAAAUGAUCGACUUCAACACUUUUAUAAUGUGUAAUAAUGAAGACCUGAAGGAGAUUGGUGUACCUCUUGGGGGAAGAAAGAAAAUAACUAGUUACAUUGAUGAAUGGAACAAGAAGAAAGAACAGGAACAAGAAAGGAAAGUCAAAGAAGCUGAAGAGAGAUUACGAGAGGAAGAGCUUAAGAAGUCAUUGGCAGCUGAUGGAGCUUGUGUAGGUGGAGUUACUGAAAGUGUAACUUAUGUAAAAGGAACUGCUGGAACGGGUCAACCUCUCGUUAAUUAUCCCUUAUUGAAUUUCAAUCCUUCGUCACUCUUUGCUGUUGGAUCACCUAUUGGACUUUUUCUAACUCUUAGAGGUGUAGAGUCCCUAGGUCCCGAAUAUCAACUCCCAACCUGUUCCUCAGUUUAUAAUAUAUUCCAUCCAUAUGAUCCAGUGGCCUAUAGACUGGAGCCAUUGUUAGUAUCACAAGCUCCCCUUAAAGCAGCUCUGUUACCUCACCAUAAAGGAAGGAAGAGGUUUCAUUUAGAAUUAUAUGAGAAUAUAGAGAAAGUUGGUCAGUCAGUGAAGUAUCAUUUGGUUGAGGGAAUUCGCAACAUGUGGCAUCAGUUGAAUGAACUGGCUAGAGCUCACACUAACAAUGCUGCAAUGACCACUAAUAGUGAUGAAACUGAAUCAAUACCAGGUGAUGUUAGUUCUCAAGGAUCAGUAGAUGAGGAGUCAGUUCAUAUUCCGAUCGGUUGCAUCAGUGGAGGUGAUAGGGUUGACCAUGUACUGCAGGAGAAACCCAUUGAAACUAUCAAUGAAUAUAUGUUUGCACUAAGCAGCCAUCUUUGCUACUGGAGGUCAGAGGACACUGCUCUUUUCAUUUUAAAACAAUUAUAUAAAAAUAAUAAUAAUAAUGCUGCAGCUGCUGUUGGAGAGUUUACUAAAUCUUAAUAACUAACAAUUAGCUGAUUCUUAUUCAAUUGUGCUUUAUAAAGCUUUGCCAUUAUUAUUAAUAUUAUUAUUAUUAUUAUUAUUAUUAUUAUUAUUAUUAUU